CUUUAUUUAUUAAUCAACUAUUUUCACUAGGUCGUCUGAUGAUGGAACGUGUCGGAUUUGGGAUGCUAGACACUCCCAGUGCCGUCCUCGUGUUUACCUCCCAAAGCCCACAGAGGCCGCUACUGGAAUGAGCAGUGCUUUGCCUUCAGCUAGUGCAUCAUCAAGUGCUGCUUCACCAUGCCACCAAAUAUUGUGUUGUGCAUUCAAUGCUAAUGGAACUGUCUUUGUUACUGGGAGCUCUGAUACUUUUGCAAGGGUUUGGAGUGCUUGUAAACCCAGUAUAGAAGAUCCUGACCAACCAAGUCAUGAAAUUGACAUACUAGCUGGCCAUGAGAAUGAUGUAAACUACGUUCAGUUCAGUGGCUGUGCUGUGGCUUCGCGAUCUUCUCCAUCUGAUUCCUUUAUUGAGGAUAGCAUUCCGAAAUUUAAAAAUUCCUGGUUUAAUCAUGACAACAUUGUUACCUGUUCACGUGAUGGCAGUGCAAUUAUUUGGGUACCUAGAUCAAGGAGAUAUCAU